CUUCCAACUAAAGAAGCCAGUGCAGAAAGAGGAUGGGCAUUUUGCAACAGAGAAACAGGCACCAUGACCCCUGAGGGGACUCUUUGCUGCAUGUAACCAAGGGCCAAGGCAGAGUGGGACUUCAACCUCGCACCUCUCGGUGGCCUCUUAUACAGUGGUUAGGAUGCUGGACUCCUCAGUGGCAGAUCAGAUGACCCGGCUGACAUUGCAAGUCCUGGAACAGAUGCUGGGACAGGAACGUGAAAGCAUGGACAGAGCAGGACAGCAGGAAAAGCCAGACGCUGCCCUGCAGAGUGCUUUGAGGAGAAGGAAAGACCUUCUGCAGAAACUCUGGGAACAGCAGCUGAUGAAUGAGCACUCCCCAGCCCAUGCCUGGAGGAGGACCCACGAGAGAACCAUGGUGCCAGCCCUGAACCCAGAGGUGCCUCCCGUGAAUACCUUCCCUGCUGCCUCCCCGCCUCUGCCCAGACCUCCAGAGCCACCAAGGAUCAUCCAGGCCCCGGUCCCCCAGCCUCCUGCCACCAUCAUUCAGCAGCUACCCCAGCAGCCACUGAUUGCACAGAUUUCUCCUCCUCAGGCCUUUCCCACUCAAAGAUCAGGAAGUAUCAAGGAAGACAUGGUGGAGAUGAUGCUAAUGCAGAAUGCACAGAUGCACCAGAUCCUCAUGCAGAACAUGAUGCUCAAAGCUUUGCCACCUGGGUCCACAGGGCCACGUGCUACUACCCUCCAGGACCAACGAUGGGUGCACCAUGGAGUCUUGAGAGCUGAAAAGCAGAAGCUACCCCCAGUGCACCACCACCACCACUAUGCACCCCCCACCCAGCUGCAGGCUGCCUCCACAGGCACCCCUUCGGGAUAUUUGGGGUGGCCCCCAGUGGUUGCAGCCACUGCCUUUCCACACGCAGCCAGCUUCUUGCCCUCUGUGAGCCACCUGACUGAGCCGACUACCUCCCAUCCCAGCUACCCCUAGCACGGAAGUCUAGAGGGAGAAAGCUAGUGUCUUGCAGCAGGCCAGAGACAAGAUGAUUCCGAGUUGCCAGUUAGCCCUGCGUGGACUUGGCUUCCACACAGUGAAGACAGCGAUGACGACAUGUCCCUGUGGAUGAACAAGACAAUGCAACACACUCCCCAGGGAGCUUCAGGGUGGUGACAUCCACUUCCUACAGAACCACUUUUGUUAAAAGCAUCAAUUAAAGACC